GCCGGCGUAACGGCGUGGCAAAUUAUUGCAAAAUCGCGCGAUCGUGUGGAAGAGGGUGCGAGAGCAUCAUUCAAACAAUUUAUUUUCACGACAUUUCGCUUAUCUUCGUUAAAGGAACUCUCGAUACAAAGUUCUGUCAGUAGAACUGGAAAUUUAUCCCCGUAUUGCCCUGACUAGAGAGAAAGCGAGGGGACUUGGUUUAACGUUAAAAAUCUGGCAGUAUGGUGUUGACUCGAUCUAGCAGCAGUCUUCAAAGACUUGAAUAAAAAAUUCUCAAAUGGCUUGAAAUCGUUACUUAAGUACAAGAACAACACUUCAGGGAGAGACUUGGCACAGUGAUGUCUAUUCGUCCACGGUCCUGGGGCAUAAUGUUGAAAGCAUGCCCAAUACUGGUGGUGGUAAUGUUCAUGUCCAUAUUUAAAAUCAGCACACAUUGGAAUAAAAGCUACAGGCCAUGUGAAGAGACUCGCAAGUUGCGAGAAAACCUUGCAAAGGAGCUUAAAGGCAUUCACCAACAAUUGCAGGAAUUUCUCCUCUUGAAACAGGGGCCAUCAGCAAAAUUGGCCGAGCAGUUGGAUGAAAUUAUAAACAAAUAUGACAGGAGGAAAGCAGUGGAUAGUGUGAGCGACAAUGAUGUUAUUUUGGAUGUGUGUCCAGAAGUUUACAAUCAUGGGACAAAUUCAAGCUCCCUCGAGAAUGGUUGGGUGAAAACCAGCUGUACCAAUAUUAAACCUCUUCAUUCUGUUGUAAGUGUGCUAGUCAACAAUGUUGCAUAUCCAAAGCGAGAUGAAGGACACAUUGAAACAGUUAUAAAAGGAAUAACAGAGACCUAUCCAACAAUUCAAGUUUAUUUGGCAACAGGAAGUGACAUUGUAAUGCAAGCUGCCAAAAAGUAUGAAAAUGUUCAUGUGAUUAAAGUUCAUGGAGUAAAUGUUGCUAAAGUAUGGAACACACUAGUUAGGAAAGCCUCUACUCCUUAUGUGCUGGUUGCACGUGACGUGUUUCACUUCACAUGGCUAACACAACUAGAGAGGCAGAUUCGUGUUAUCAGUCAAGUAUCAUAUGUUGAAGUUGCUGGUGGAUCAUACCGUAACUUUGCCGGUCACUGGAAAGCAGGAUGUGUUCAAACUACAAUGAAGAACUACGCCAUAAAGUACCAAGAAGGAUACUUACACUCAAAGAAUGAGUGCAUGUUCUGUGAUUAUCUACAGGGACCUUUUGUCACCAAAACAAAUCUGUUCAAGCUUGAUGAGAAGCUUCCAAAUGAAGUUGUGUUUGAAGACUGGUUUUUAACUAUUAUCCAAAAAGGCAGCCUAGCGAUGUCGUGUCCAGAUGCUAUGUAUUUUACAACAGACUACUGGUCCUAUUCCAAAAGAAAUAAUAGAAACGUUUGGACGCCUUUGGCUAAGAAAUGGCAACUAAAUAGAGUGAUAAUGCCAGAGGGGAUAAAGCAUUCCUUCUCCUGUAAAGAUAUUGAAGUUACUUGCAAACCUGAUCAUGAACUACUCCCUUUGUGUUGCCUGAAACAGUACGCUGAUGCCUUGGUAUUUUUUCAGAAUUUUACUGAAGUUCACAACCUUACAUUUGAACUUGAUUCUGGUUCUACCUUGGGUGGUAUCAAGUUCAAAAGCCUUGUUCCUUGGGAUAUAGAUGGAGAUUUAACUUUUCUUUGUACUGGUAUUAACAUCUUUGGUGAAAAUAGAACAGUUGAUUAUUUCCAGAAAAAUGGUUACAGUUUAAGAGGUUUUGAACCACAAAAGCAAGGGGGUAGUCAUGGGUAUGUGGGUGUUUAUUUUAAUGAGUUUAAUAUUGAAGUAUGGGGAAUGGCUGACAUGACAAAUUACAGGUAUCUCCCAAGUGAGCUGCAGAAAUAUGAAACAUUUACAAAAGCCAACAUUGAAGGUUACUGGAUUAUUACAUCAUUUUCUCCUGGUUUGUUUUCACGAAAUCGCUAUGGAAGAGAAAUCCUUAAACAUUCUCAGUCCUGGCGUAGGACAGGUUUUCAAGACAGUUGGACUGAAUAUAAACCUGGUAGCUUUAUGCCUUGUAAGAAGGCAAAUGGUCAUGGCUGCUUAGAAGAUUUCCCUGCAGAUGGUAACAUUCCAUUUUUAGUAACUUAACCACUUUCAUUUGAUAAUUUAGAGUGUUUGACAGAUGAGUUUUGUCCUGAUGGUGGACUGUUGUCAGUGGAAGUCUCUAACCUGAAAAAAGUGGAAGAGUUGUCAUAUUUAGUUGUAUUUAUUUCUAUUAAUAUAGGUUUGCCCAGUUCAACAGAAAGCUAGUUUAAAUGGAGCCUGUUAAAAACUGGUUCAUGAAAACUGAUUCAUGAAAACUGAUUAGCUAAGGAACAAGUUACACAUAGGGGUUUAGUUCAUGCAGUUCCCAACAUUUGUUGAGAGGAGUUUGUUUUACCUGUGGGUUGGUGCUGUACAUCAGCUUUAUAAGUAAUAUUCAAAUCUUCAAUAUGGUACCUUCAGUGAUAGUCAGGCAUAGGAAAAAAGUCCACUUUGCCCAGCCCUUUUCAAAGUCUAAAGAAAUGAUGUCUUUUUGACAACUGAACUAUGUUAGGUUCUACUCCAAAAUGUAAGAAAAUUCAUCUCUCAUAAAAAAUUUUGUAAUAAUCAGGGAUGUACACCUGCAGAUCUUCUUGGAAGGGGGGGAAUAGAAGUGGGUAAGGCUAUUUGAAACCUGUGUCC